GGAAAAUUAACAUAAAAAAGGAAAAAAAAAUACUGUGUAAAAUCCUUGUUCUUCGUCUCCCUCCACAGAUCUCUCCAGAAAUCCCCUAAUUCAUCAGACAUGAGUUUCAAGUCUCACAAAUCUCGCUCAGUUUGAUUCUUCAUACGAAUCCGAUUCCGAUUUUGUCUGAACACGCGCAUUACCUUUUUUUCCUUACCCGAAUCAGUCAUCGAUUUGUCAGUUGGAUGGUUCUCGAAGCUUCUUCGUCAGUGGUUUUCGAUCCUUCUAUCAACGGCGACCGUCGAAGACCGUACGAUGCCUGAGCUCCAUAGCAACGAGCACUGAAAUCGGUUCCAGAGAAACCCGAACGCUCCGAUUCAAACGUCUCGGAGGAGGAAUCCCCGGCGGCGGCGGAGGACCGGAAGGAUAAGGAGGCGAUCGUUUCCGAAGAGUGCGGGAAGGUGAUCAGAGGGUUUUCGCCUGUGGUGUGAAGAGCGGCCGUGUGACGCUGUUGGACCUGUUGGUGAAGGUUGAAGGAAGAGAGGAAACAAAUUGGGGAUUCGAGAGAAGAGGCUGGUGAGUAGAAGAUGGAUGAAUGCGACAGUGGCGGUCAAGGACCUGUGGCUGACGAUGAAGGAACCGCAGCUCCACUUCCGGAAAAGGUCCAGGUGGGUGGUUCCCCAAUGUACAAAAUAGACAGGAAGUUAGGGAAAGGAGGUUUUGGACAAGUAUAUGUUGGUCGAAGACUUGGUGCUACCAACCUAAAUGAACGUUCUGGCCCUGGAGCUGUAGAGGUGGCUUUGAAGUUCGAGCAUAGAAGUAGCAAAGGAUGUAACUAUGGUCCACCAUACGAGUGGCAAGUGUACAAUGCACUUGGUGGCAGUCAUGGUGUGCCUCGUGUCCAUUAUAAAGGUCGACAAGGCGACUAUUAUAUAAUGGUUAUGGAUAUGCUAGGGCCUAGCUUAUGGGAUGUUUGGAAUAGUAGCUCACAUGCGAUGUCAACUGAGAUGGUUGCAUGCAUCGCCAUAGAGGCUAUAUCCAUAUUAGAGAAAAUACAUUCUAGAGGAUAUGUGCAUGGUGAUGUUAAACCAGAGAACUUUCUGCUUGGGCCUCCUGGAACCCCUGAUGAGAAAAAACUUUUCCUCGUGGACCUCGGUUUAGCUACGAGAUGGCGGGAUACUGCAACUGGUCUGCAUGUUGAAUAUGACCAGCGCCCUGAUGUAUUCAGGGGAACAGUACGAUAUGCUAGCGUACAUGCUCAUCUUGGCAGGACUUGUAGUAGAAGGGAUGAUCUGGAAUCUCUUGCAUACACUCUUGUUUUCCUUCUUCGGGGCCGGCUUCCAUGGCAAGGUUAUCAGGGAGACAACAAAGGUUUUCUUGUCUGCAAGAAGAAGAUGGCUACCUCUCCGGAAACUCUUUGUUGCUUCUGCCCUCAACCUUUUCGUCAAUUUGUUGAGUAUGUAGUCAAUUUGAAGUUUGACGAGGAGCCUGACUAUGCUAAGUAUAUUUCUCUUUUUGAUGGAAUAGUCGGUCCAAACCCAGACAUUAGACCGAUAAAUACUGAUGGAGCUCAGAAGCUCAUACAUCAAGUGGGUCAAAAGAGGGGGCGAUUGACAAUGGAGGAGGAGGAUGACGAACAACCAAAGAAGAAGGUCCGAUUGGGGAUGCCAGCAACACAAUGGAUCAGUAUUUAUAAUGCUCGCAGACCAAUGAAGCAAAGAUAUCAUUAUAAUGUGACUGAUAUGAGGCUAGCACAGCAUAUCGACAAAGGAAAUGAAGAUGGAUUAUUUAUCAGCAGUGUGGCUUCUUGCUCGAAUCUUUGGGCUUUAAUCAUGGAUGCAGGAACCGGUUAUACUGCACAGGUUUAUCAGUUAUCACCGUGCUUUCUCCACAAGGAAUGGAUUAUGGAAAACUGGGAGAAGAAUUACUACAUUACAGCAAUAGCAGGAGCAAAUAAUGGGAGCUCAUUGGUUGUUAUGUCGAAGGGGACCCAAUAUUUACAGCAGUCCUACAAAGUCAGUGAAUCAUUUCCCUUUAAGUGGAUAAAUAAAAAAUGGCGAGAAGGCUUUUAUGUUACUUCAAUGGCGACUGCUGGAAGUAGAUGGGCAAUUGUAAUGUCUCGUGGUGCUGGUUUUUCUGACCAGGUCGUAGAGUUAGAUUUUCUAUACCCAAGUGAAGGUGUACAUCGGAGAUGGGAUAAUGGUUACCGAAUUACAUCGAUAGCUGCAACUAGCGAUCAGGCUGCCCUUGUUCUCAGUGUGCCAAGACGAAAGCCUGCAGAUGAAACACAAGAAACUCUUAGAACCUCUGCUUUCCCUAGCACUCAUGUCAAGGAAAAAUGGGGGAAGAAUCUUUACAUUGCGUGUAUUUGCUACGGUCGAACUGUCUCAUGAAGUUCUAAACAUUUUUUUUGUUAUGAUGCCACUCGUUUUAGCUUCGCUAAUGCAAUCAACGAGAAGGUCAGCUGUUUUCUUCGAUGAUGCUAUGGCGAUAGCACCAUCUUUAGCCAGGCUGAAUGAACGUGAUCUUUGAGUAUCAAUGUACGCAAAUAUUCUACGUAACUGCAGCUCUAAUGUAGUAGUACUGACUUUGAAGAUUGCCCUGGUUUUAGAACUCGGGUGAUUUGUUUUAAGAACCAAAACUUUUGAUAUCUAAUGUCAAAAAAAUAUUUUCUCCUUAUAUUAUUUAUAUAACUAGUUCCUUUUGAGAGAUGUUUAUCUGGUUUGAGGAGUGGGGGAACCGCGUUCUCACUGUUUACGCCAGUGAGGAAGAUGGAACUCUUUGCUGCAGUGGGAAUCGGAUGUCCCAGUUACACUGUCUGGUAUUUACUUUACCCACAAUUGCAUUUAAUGAUUAACUGGUCCAUGUUUUUUAAAAUCUAAUCUCAUAGAAACGAGAGACUUCCCUAUUCUUACAGCAUUUUGGCAUAGAGGCUUUUAGGGUUUCCCGUGAAGUAUAUUUGAUGUGACGGUUUGGUGAAUCUUUGCUUGGAGGACUCUGAUCCAAGGUAGAUGGGCUCGGAUAUCUGGCAUUUGCGGUGAGCUGCAAAAAAGCAUGUGAUGGCGCUGAACUUAUGUCACUGAAUCCAUAUUGCAACGGGGAAGAUUUCAUGGAUUUGGUUAAGUUAAAAAAAAGGCCAAAACCAGCAGAUUAUCGGAAACGCUUGCUCUCUCCUAUGAAGGCUGAUGAGUAUGAAUCUUUACUCCCCGUCCUCAUGGAAGCUGGAUUCUUGGAACUUCAUAAGAGCAGAGGUUGUCUUUUCUUUCUUUCUUUCAGGUAAAAGAUUAUUAAUUCAUCAUUUUUCCCGGGUUUUAUCUAUUUUUAUACGAUGAUCUCUUCCUUUCUCGUAAGCUUCACGCACGAUUUUGCAUUGGGAAUUCAUAUGGCCGUUAAGGGGAAAGAAGAUAACAAUCCAUAGCCAGGGACCGAUGCUAAUACUAAUGGGAGUGGUUUCUGUGUUAUAGAUUUGGUCCUUUUCAGACAAGAGUCUUCAAGAACUCUGAAGACGUUUAUAAAACAUCGAAACACUUUGGGGUUUUUUUUCCCCCAGUUUCUUUAC